AGAAAAGAGAGACAGGAGAAGUGGAACUGAGCUGCUUUGUUUUUCUUUAUUUACUCUUACGUGUACAACUGUUGAGUUGUCUGCGUCUUUCUCUUGUUGUAUACACCUCUCUUUGCUUUACUCAUACCACUGUUGAUUAUCUUUAUCUUGUUGUUGUUGGGCGAGAGUGUAAGAAUCGCACGUGACUUUUCGCCCGGUCUUUCCUUCAUCGUGCCGCGUGUGUUCGGCGUCGAUGGGAGACGACGUAGCCAAAGGAGGACAAUACAACGAUCGGAAGGGGAAACACCCGCGCCUCAUCUGUAACCUGGCGCAGCUAACCAGCCGUGCCCAGCGUGUGCGUAGAAGAAUUCAUGUCGUGCAACGCUCUUUCGACGGUGCUUUCGCUGCCGUUCGCUGCCGUUCGCUUGCUGCGCAGCGUCAGGUGUCUGUGAAACACACACGCGCGACGAUGACACAAGGAAUGGGGGAAUGCGCGGCGUGUGGAGGCGGCUGCGCGUGCCUGCCCACCUGCCUGCGAUGCGCUGCCAUGUGUUGUGUAGGGGCGAUGGGCCGUGGCGAAGCAGAACGCAGAAUGCCGAUCCGUCGUAGCUCACCAUCCAUUGGACGUGCUCCUCUUCCUGCCUUUUCAUUCUCUUUUCCAUCUGCGUUGUCUCACUGACACGCGCCGUGACACCCGACAAACGCCGCCGCAAACUUCCCUGCGACGCACACCUCACGCAGAACAAGCUAAGAAGUAACCGCUUUUGCAUUUUCCACGCAUCCCUUUACACCAUUCUUGUUUCUUGUUUCGCCAUUACCUCUCCCGGUCGGCGCACCGACUUUCGCUGCAGGUGCCUCUGCCUCUCAUUUUCGUCUUCUCGCUCCCGCCCCUUUCUCGGCGGCGCCACGGGCUUGAUCGACAGCGCCCACCCCACAGUGACGCUGUCUCUGUCCCCCUCCUUGCUCUCCUCUACUGCCGCUCUCUCAUCGAGGCUUUACGGGCAGAGGCAAAAGACGAGCCGUGCUUCCCACCCCUCCCUCUCCCUCUGUCCACGAUGGAGACGCACGAGAAGGUUGAGAUCGUGAAGCUGGCCAGCGGCCCGCAGAAGCCGGUCAGCGAGUACAAGCGUUUCGCCAUCCUCGUUCUCGGAUCGUUCGGCUGCAUUGUGUGCUCCUUCAGCUAUGCGUGGAACUUGGUGUCGGCGGAUAUGCAAGAGCGCUACCACUUCACUCAGCGUGAUAUGAGCACCAUCGUGACGGUGGGCCUGGUGGUGCAGUACUGCGUGCUACCCUACGCCUUUCUCUUCGAUUAUCUCGGUCCUCUGCCCAUUGUUAUUCUGGCCACCAUCUACUUCCCGCUCGGCACGCUGCUGCUUGCGCUGUGCUUUAUGGGCAAGAUCAACGGCAGCGUCGCCACGUUGAGCGUCUUCAACGCAUUGAUGUCGUGCGGGUGCUCGCUCUUCGAUCUCGGGUGCUGUGUAACGGUGCUGUCCUACUUCCCCACCAACCGUGGCCCGGUGACGGCGCUGCUGAAGACCUUCACCGGACUCGGCUCUGCGCUUGUGGCCUGCCUGUACGCCGGUUACUUCCACUCCGAUCCGGAGAAGCACUUCUUCUUCCUCUUCGCGCUGGCUCUCGUGGUUGGCGUUCUCUGCAUGGUCUUUCUGCGGCUGCCGGAGUACCACCUGACGCAGUACCAGCUGUCGCACCUCCCCAUCGAGGAGCGGCAGCGCCGCGAGAACACCAAGGCGCAGUACCUACGCCAGAAGCCUCCGAUCUGGCGCUUUGUCUACGGCUUUGUGAUUCUGAUCGUCCUGAUCGUAUUCCUUCCCACGCAGAGUGCGCUGGCCAGCUACCGCCACCUCGACUCCUCCGCGAAGAGGGCGUUUGCCAUUGUGACGACGAUUCUGACGCUCCUGUACCUCGUCGUUGCGGCUCCGGUGCCUUUCUGGGACCCCAAGCUGGAGGACCCGGAGGAGGACUCGGAGGACCUGGAUGCGGACGCGAACAUCAGCCUCGCGCUGAAGAUCGACUCGGGCAACAACGCGCGGAAGCAGCACGACACGAAUGAGCCGCACUGCGAGAGGAGCGAGCCGGCGGGCAACGACGACAACAUCCACAAAGGCAACAGCACGGUUACGGCGGAAGCGAUGCUGGAGGAGGACGAUUUGAAGGAGGGGGAGCUGGAGAUCGACUACAUCGCUCCUGCCUAUCCGGGCAGCUUCAUCCACAACCUUCGCACCCUGGAGCUGUGGGCGCUGUGGUGGACCAUGUUCACCGUCGUGGGGUCCGAGUUCGUGAUCAUCUACAACGCCACCAACAUUCUGGCGGCGCUGCAGGGCGAGGACCCUUCCUCUUCGCUCAGCACGCUGCUGACGGUGCUGAACGGUGUGGGCAGUGCGGUGGGUCGUCUGCUGAUGUCGUACUUUGAGGUUCACACGCAGAAGCGCAAGGCGGAGGACCGCAUCCCCAUCACGAUUUCCCUGUUCCUGCCGACGGGUUCGAUCAUCAUUUCCCUCAUCUUAUUUCUUGUGCUGCCGGCUGCUGCGCUGCCGCUGCCGUACGUUGUCGCUGCCCUCGGCAACGGCUUCCUGGCCGGUGUGACCCUCCUGGUGUCACGCACCAUCUUCGCGAAGGACCCUGCGAAGCACUACAACUUCUGCUUCACCGCCACCAUGCUCGCCUCGCUUGUGUUCAAUCGUUUCCUCUACGGUGAGUGGUACACGGUGCAGGCGGAGAAGCAGAACCACGCGAAUCAUCGCUGCUACGGCAAGCACUGCGUGCUGAUGCCGCUGGUCGUACUGAUGGCACUGGCCUGCACUGCUUUUGCGACGGACGCGGUGCUGCACCUGCGGUACCGUUCCUUCUGCCAGCGCACUCUGGCCGAGCGUGCCCGUCUGCACGAGCUCGCCCAUCACAACCACGAAAUGAACGAGGCGAUCAACAGCCUUCAUUCGGACACCACGCCUGCAGACGCUGACGGGGAGCCACGCGGCGAGGCGGUGCAGUCGAAUUCACGUCCCUGA